AUGGUAGUCAUCGAAGGAAUCAAAUACGCAUGCGAACGAUGCAUCCGCGGCCACCGAGUGUCGUCGUGCACACACACCCAACAGCCGUUGAUCCGGAUCAAGCCCAAGGGACGACCCGCUACCCAGUGUCUGCAUUGUCGAGAGGCCCGCAAAAACAAGGCACUCCACGUCAAGUGCAAAUGUGGCUCCUCGUCCAGUAAACACGCCGCCACCUGCCCCUGCUACUCGGGCGGAGGCUGCAUCUGCACCAACAAACACCCCCAGGUGCUGCCUCCCAACUCCACCACCACUGGCGCCAACGGCUGCAUCGUUAUCAACAAGGCCGUCCUCGACGAGGGCUCCCAGCAGCAGGCCCAGCAGGCUCAGCAGCAGUCGCAGUCUCAGCAGGCCCAGCAGCAGCAGCAGCAGCCCCAGCCCCAGGCUUCUCCCAUCCUGCAACAGCCCCAGAUGCCCACACCCGUGCACACUACUAACGUGACCACACCUCCCGUGGCCACGCCGACACACUCGCACCGGGCCCUGUCGACCACACCAUCGUUAUCUCCUCAACCACAAUCGCCCCACUCACCGGAGAGCGCCCUCAAGUCGGUCAACUUCUUGGGCCGAACAAACUCGUCGUCAUCCCUGUCGUCGUUGCACUCGGGCCGAAACAAGAACCGGAUCGAAAAGGUGCGACCUUCGCAUAACUCGCUGAGUGCCGCCUCCCAGCUGGCCAACUCGCCGUCAUCGCCGUUCUACGCCGUGACGCCACCCGCCUGGGUCGACUCCCCCACCCUGGUGCCUACCGGUGCCCUCGACGCCUCGUACCUCCAGAUCCUCAACGAUGACCUUUCGUCGCCGCUGCUGGACUCGGACGUGUUCUCGUCGCUUGACAUGGAGCCCGUGGCGCAUUCCAACAACAACCACGGAGGCAUCCCUACCGGCGGCUCUCGUGCCCUCGCAUCUACAGACAUUAACUUUGACCGGUUCGAGUCCACCUCGCCGUCGUCGAUUCUGUCGUCGUGGAACCUUUGGGGUGGUGUCGGUGGCAGUGAUGCGCCCGAGAUGAGCGUGGCUGCCAACCCGUCGGCAUCGGCAUCGGCCUCCAGCAUCCAGACCCCUCCCAGCAGCAACGCCACGCCGGAGUGGGUCCAGGGCCAGCAACAGCCUUGCUCGGUGUCCCCGGCAGACGUCAUGCUGCCUUUCAAGAGGGAUGAUCAGGAGAGCGUGUUUUUGACGGAGCCGUUGUAUCUUUAG